GGUGGACGCUCCAGGCUUGCCAGGGCCUGCUAGCAGUGCAUACCGGCUUGGAAGCUGCACCCAGCUCAUCGGAUCCGGCUUUUUCCACGCGCGGACCCUGAACCGGGGAUUCCCAGCCAUGAGUGUAGGUUUCAUCGGCGCGGGCCAGCUGGCCUGUGCGCUGGCGCGGGGCUUCACGGCCGCAGGCGUCCUAUCGGCUCACAAGAUAAUAGCCAGCUCCCCGGAAAUGGACCUGCCCACCGUGUCCGCGCUCAGGAGGAUGGGUGUGAAUCUGACCCGAAGCAAUAAAGACACCGUACGGCACAGUGACGUUCUGUUCCUGGCUGUGAAGCCGCACAUCAUCCCCUUCAUCCUGGAUGAGAUUGGGGCCGACGUGCAGGAGAGGCACAUCGUGGUCUCCUGUGCAGCCGGUGUCACCAUCAGUUCUGUGGAGAAGAAGCUGAUGGCAUUCCAGCCAGCCCCCAAAGUGAUCCGCUGCAUGACCAACACACCUGUGGUGGUGCGAGAGGGGGCCACGGUGUAUGCCACAGGCACGCAUGCUCUGGUGGAAGACGGGAAGCUACUGGAGCAGCUGAUGAGCAGUGUGGGCUUCUGCACAGAGGUGGAGGAGGACCUCAUUGACGCCAUCACAGGGCUCAGCGGCAGUGGACCUGCCUAUGCAUUUAUGGCUCUGGACGCCCUGGCAGAUGGUGGGGUGAAGAUGGGCGUGCCACGGCGCCUGGCUGUCCGACUGGGAGCUCAGGCAUUGCUGGGAGCAGCUAAGAUGCUGCUGGAUUCAGAGGACCACCCAGGCCAGCUCAAGGACAACGUCUGCUCCCCUGGGGGGGCCACUAUCCAUGCCCUGCACUUCCUUGAGAGCGGGGGCUUCCGCUCUCUGCUCAUCAAUGCGGUUGAGGCCUCCUGUAUCCGAACAAGAGAGCUGCAGUCCAUGGCUGACCAAGAAAAGGUCUCCCCUGCUGCCCUUAAGAAGACCCUCCUGGACAGAGUGAAGCUGGAGUCACCCACAGUGUCCACGCUGGCCCCGCCCAGUCCAGGGAAGCUCCUCACGAGAAGCCCCGCCCAGGGAAGCAAAAAGGACUGAGGAGUACUCCGUGGGUUGUCCCUGUCCCCUGCAGUGCAGGGAGGGGCAGGCUUAGGCCUGGGCUGAAGGCUGCGUGGAUCUGUUUACUUGGUGGCACUGAGUCCUUCUCUUGUCCCACAGCAGAAGGUGCUCUGAAGAGACAGCUGAUGCCCACGCCAGGUAGUCCUUCACGCCUCUCUGAGAGAGGUGGGAGGCCUGAGUUAGCACCCCCCUCAGCAGAUCUGUGAACUUUAGUUAGAUCCCAGGAGUGGUUCACUUUGACCUCAAGGUGAGAGGAGAGGAGACGACAGGGAAGGCCAAUCCUCUGAAUUAAAAACAUGUAGAAGAAGCAAGUGACUUACUGUUGCCGUUGGAAGUGUGGGGAAUUCCACGAGGCAUUUGCUUGACUCUGGGUUCACAGAUGUCCCAAUACAAGGAUAUAUUCACUGCUAGGUCUAGCUGCUUUAAUAAAGAUUUUAUUUAUUUUUGA